AUGCCGGGCAGGGUGCCACCGCCACUGCCUGGAAGAGCUGCCAGGAACUGCGUGGGACAGCACCAGAUACUGCUGAAAGGCUGCAAUGCCAAGCAUGGCUUCUACAUUUUCAGCUAUGUCUACUCAUAUUCAGCACGGCGGAACCAGACACAGAUAAAGAAGGAAGAGGCUGACAACCAGAGCAUCAUCCCCAGCCACCGGCUGGAGGAGGACAACACCAGGCGGGGGCCAACAGAGGAUGGGGCAGCCCCGGAGCAACAUGGCAGUGGCAGUGCUGAUGUGACAGACAACGGGAUAGGCUUCAAGCCUGAAAACUACAGCGCCCCAGGCAUUGGCAGGGAUGCUCAAAGUCCUCGUCCAGGCAGUGGCGCGCGAGGUGAACGCCCCAGUGAGGCUGUGGCGGGAAACAGGUCCAGUGUCAGGAGGGAGGACAGGGAUGAUGGUGCCCCCAGGAGGGUUCCAGCGGAAGGGGUCCUGACAGCUGGGAGGGACAGCACCCCUGCCACAGGAAGGGCUGGGGAUGAGGGUAGCGGUGACACCACCAUCCCUGGCCAAGGACAGGAAGGCAUCAUGCAGGGCACAGGGAUGGGAGGUGCCACUCUGGCCUCCAUCACUGAGAAUAUGGAAGAUGUAGAAGUUGAUGCUAAAGGUGUGGAUGAGUAUGCUUACAUCCCUGAUUCGGGCAGUGUGACCAUCACCCGUGGGAGGACGGGCAACACAAUGAGGGACACCAGCUUCACUCAGAUCUCUCCAGACAAGGAUGAUGAGGUCCACAUCUUCAUUGAGAGGGCCAACAUCCACGUCGGGGAGCAGGAAACCACCCAGGCUGGUGCCACCGUUGGCAGCCAGGAUGACAGCAUCCUCACUGUGGGAACCAUCAGCCCAAUGCCCAGGCUGGGCAUCACUGUGACACAUGGAAGCCUGAAGGACCAGCAACCAGAACCACCAAGCCAUAAGGAAAGCACCACCAGCAGCCCCAGAGAUGGCCAUCCCACAGGAGACAAUGAAGAUGGUGCCACCACCAUUGAUGAUGGAGAAGGACCAGCAACUCCCAGCCCCUGGAAGGUUGCUGGUGGUGAUGUUACUGUCCCUGCAGAGAUUGGCAUCGGUGGGAACAAUGAUGGUGAGGCUAGAAGUGAGGGGCAGAAGUUCAAGGGGAGGCCAGGUCAUCUGGCUGUCACCACCCCCCUCCAGGAGCGUGACAAGAAGGCCACUGCCACUGUCCCAGCCCAGCAGGCCAGCAUACUCAUGGCCACCACAAUGGUCACCCCUGGG